CGUGGGUCAGGAGGUGCAGAGAGCAAGUGUCAUCAGUAACCUGCCAAUCCUUGUCCGCCAGAAUCCUGCUGAGACAUUUCGUCGGGUUGUUCCCAAGGUUCGGGAGGUCCUGAACGGAGCUGGAGUAGAGAUCCAACUUGCAGCAGCAGCCUCUUUUUUAACGAUUCUGCAAGAUGACAUAAUCCUGAUCCACACCCACACCUACUCCAUCUUAAAGACAGUCCUGCUGCACCUGAACCACCGAGACACAGUGGUGAGCAAUGCCUGGUUGGAAACUUUGCUGUCAGCCAUCAACGCUCUGCCCAAAGAGACGAUCAAACAGGAGGUGCUGAACCCUCUCCUCUAUCAGUCUCAGCUGUCUCACUCUCUUCAGGCUCGUCUGUCCAGUUGUCGUAUUUUAGGGAAAGUCGCCUGCAAGUUUGAUUCUCACAUGGUGAAGAAUGAGCUGCUCCCAUUGGCUCGGUCUUUGUGUCAGGAUGUGGAGUUUGAGGUGCGAGCCUGUAUGUGUCGCCAGCUGGAGAGCAUCGCCCGGGCGACAGGGGUUGACGACACUCGAACCGAGCUGCUUCCUGAACUGGUGGAGCUCGCUGAAGACGAGGAGAGCAACGUCCGCCUCGCCGCCUUCGACACCAUCAUCAACUUGAUGGAGAUGAUGGACAGCGACGACAGAGUCCAUAUCGUGGUUCCCCUGGUGAUGUCAGUGUGCGAGGAGGCGACACCGGCGGACAAAGCCGUCCUGGUAUCUCUGUCGUUCCAGUUUGGGAAGCUCUGCAGCGGACUGGAGGGCUUCCUUUCAGACGAGCAGAAGAGCCGGUUGCUGCAGAGGUUUAGGGUUCUGUGUGUCGCUGGUCUGCAGACUGAGGGGAACCAGACUGAAGGCAGCAACGAGUCCAUCCUGGUCCGCUGCAACUGCUGCUACAACCUGCCUGCCAUGGUGGUGUUUGCUGAAACAGCUCACUUCCUGUCAGAGCUCUACCCGUCUUUCUCCAGUCUCUGUUGUGACCCAGAGGUCAGCGUUCGACGAAGUGCUGCGGCCGGUUUCCACCAGGUGGUCAAACUGCUUGGUUCAAACGUCCAGCUGGUCCACAAAGAGCUGCUGGCUCUUCUGCAGGACGACGCUCUGGAGGUGUUGGACGCUCUGAUGAAUCACCUGGAGGAAACUCUGGAGGCGGUCCUUUCCAGAGGAGAGAAUGUGACGCUGGACAAUAAGAUCCCUGAGCUCUUGGCGGCUCUGCUGUUAGCGGAGCAGAAGGUCGGAUGUUCCCUGCGUUGGCGGCUCCACGAGAAGCUGCUGCAGCGUUACAGCUACCUGGCCCGACUGCUGCCCGGAGAAGUGCUGCACCAGAGCUUCUCCCCUCGCAUCUUCAUCAUCCUCACCACCAACAAGGUGUUGCCUGUUCAGAAGGAGGCGGCUCGGACCUUCUGCAUGUUCCUACGGUACAACCGGAAACACGACCAGCGUCAGGAGAUGAUGGAGCGACUGAUCCAAGAUCUGGCUCAGGGGCGGAGCUACUGGAACCGUCUGAGAUUCCUGGACAUCUGUGAAAUGGCGACAGAGAUUUUCUCCAGAAAAUACUUCAACAAACACUUUCUGAUGCCAGCUCUAGAGCUCGUCCACGACCCCGUCGCCAACGUCAGGUACAAGCUCUGCCAGCUGUUACCCAGAUUGCGUUCAUCGCUCCGUCUGCCGGCCGACAAGCAGCUGCUGCAGCAGCUCGACUUCUGCGUCCAGAAGCUCCUCUGCAGAGAGAAAGACAAGGAUGUGGUGGCCACCAUCCGCAAGACAGUGUUGGAACUGGACAAACUGGACCUCACAGAGCCUUUUCACAAGAGACAGGAGAGGGAUCUACUGGACCAGAAGAAGGAGAAGGAGGAGACUCUACUAUUGGAGAUGGAACAGCUGGAGCGCCAACAGACCGACGGGAAACUGAACUCUGAUAAACAUACAGAGAGGAAACGAAGAGACAGCAAGACCAGUCUUUCAGCUACCAAAUCCAUGUCUGUGUCCUCAUCUGGAGCUGCCUUCUCCUCCUCCGGUAAAGAGAUGAGGAAGGCUAAACUGUCGCGGAGUCGGUCCCUCAGCAGUCAGCCGACGAUAUCCAAAGCUGCCAACUCAGACAGACCUCUGAAAGGCAAAGAGCUGAGUGGUACAUCUGGAUCCGGGAAGUCCUCCAAUAAAGACGACUCUUUGAGGACUGCCCACUUCACCAUGGCAACCCAGUCCACCUCCUCCAUGCCGGUCCUGAUCCGCAGCAACACCACUGGCCUCCUAGACAGGGCCAGUGCACUAGAACACAGAAGUAGUAGUAGUACCAUGGAUCACAGGACAAGCACUCUAGAUCAGAGAGAUCAUAGAUCCAGUGCACUGGAUCACAGAACCAGUAACAUGGACCAUAGAACCAGUACCAUUGACCACAGAACCAGUAACAUGGACCACAGAACGAGUACCAUGGACCACAGAACGAUUACCAUGGACCACAGAACCAGUACCAUGGACCACAGAACCAGUAACAUGGACCACAGAAAUGAUGGGAUGGACCACAGAACCAGUACUUUGGACCAUAGAACCAGUACUUUAGACCACAGAACCAGUACUUUGGACCAUAGGACCGGUACUUUAGACCACAGAACCAGUACAAUGGACCAUAGGACCAGUACUUUAGACCAUAGGACCAGUACUUUGGACCACAGAACCAGUAUUUUGGACCAAAGAGCCGGUUCCAUUGAUCAGAGAGACCAUAAAACCAGUACCUUGGACCAGCGUAGUAAAACGAUGGAUCGGAGCUGCGGGAUAAAGGACAGCCAGUCCAGAAAACUGUCGAUAAACAGGAAGUCAAACUCUUUCACCAUCCAAUCAGCACGAGACUGAAGAUGAUGUCAUGAUACCGCUACCAGGGAAUCAACAAAUCAGCUUCAGGAGUUGAAGGAUGAAUGCACGACUCAGAACGUUACCCGGAAUGCACCAGGCAGAGACAGUCUGAAUACUGUUUGAAAAUACUGAGCUGCUUUUAUUUUCUUAACACCAUACUGUAAUGAUUUCCUGCUGUCCUCUGAUUGGCUCAGUAAAGUCCACACAUACAAACUAA